AAUUGGAAGCGUACGUUGAGAGCCACCAAUAGAAGAAAAAGGAGCGUUUUCUCUUCUCAUCUUGUCUUCUUCCAAGUCCCUCUCUAACACUCACUUUCUUCUUCUUAUUCUUCUGUAGUUGCUGCAAGGUACGUGAUUCUGACAUGUCAUGGGUGAUUCGCCACCCCAAAAGCAUAGAAUUUUGAUGGUAUCUGAUUUUUACUAUCCCAACUUUGGUGGUGUCGAGAACCACGUUUAUUAUCUCUCUCAAUGCUUGCUCAAGUUAGGCCACAAGGUGGUAGUGGUAACUCAUGCUUAUGGAAAUCGCUCUGGGGUUAGAUAUAUGACUGGUAGUUUGAAAGUUUACUAUGUUCCAUGGAGACCAUUCUUUAAUCAGAGUACAUUUCCAACUUUAUAUGGAAUACUACCAAUUAUAAGAACAAUUCUCAUUAGAGAAAGAAUUACUGUAGUGCAUGGACACCAAACCUUUUCAACACUUUGCCAUGAUGCACUUUUGCAUGCUAGGAUCAUGGGAUACAAGGUUGUCUUCACUGAUCAUUCACUGCAUGGUUUUGGAGAUGUUGGAAGCAUCCACAUGAACAAGGUGAUGCAGUUUACCUUGGCAGAUGUGAGCCAAGCUAUCUGUGUUUCCCACACAAGCAAGGAAAACACGGUGUUGAGGUCAGGUUUGGCACCAGAGAAGGUUUUUGUUAUUCCUAAUGCUGUUGACACUGCCAUGUUCAAGCCAGCAUUGGAGCGCCCUGGCGGAUUGGAGAUUGUUGUAGUUGUUAUCAGUCGAUUGGUUUACCGGAAAGGAGCAGACUUGCUUGUUGAAGUUAUUCCGGAAGUAUGCCGGUUACAUCCUAAUGUUCGAUUCAUUAUUGGUGGUGAUGGACCUAAGCGGGUGCGGUUGGAAGAGAUGAGAGAAAAACACUCUCUUUUUGAUCGAGUUGAAUUAUUGGGAGCUGUACCACAUGCACAAGUUCGAUCUGUUCUAAUAUCUGGGCACAUCUUCUUAACCUGUUCCUUGACAGAAGCUUUUUGCAUGGCCAUAUUAGAGGCUGCUAGUUGUGGAUUGUUAACAGUUAGCACACGAGUUGGAGGUGUUCCUGAGGUUUUACCAGAUGACAUGAUUGUGUUAGCAGAACCUGAUCCUGGUGAUAUAGUGCAAGCAAUCCAAAAGGCAAUAUAUAUGCUUCCCGAAAUUGAUCCUCAAGUCAUGCACAAUCGAAUGAGGGAACUCUACAACUGGCGUGAUGUUGCCAAACGGACUGAAAUUGUAUAUGAUCGUGCUUCGAAGUGCCCCAAUCAAAGUCUAUUAGAAUCUCUCUCACGAUACUUGUCUUGUGGAGCAUGGGCAGGCAAGCUCUUUUCCUUGGUUAUGAUCUUGGGUUUUUUGUUUUGGCAUCUUCUGGAACUAUGGCAGAUGAUAUUGAGGAGGUGCCAGAUGUUAUUUUUUCACACAUCUGUGAUGAAGAGAUGUUGCAGAAAUCCUAACAUGACACAUGAGGAGGGCGGUGUGAUGCAUUAUUUUGGUGAACCACAUAGCCGUUGUUUGCUGAUUAAUCUGAAAUGCAUAAUUAUUAGUGAUGGAGAUAAUCAUCUGUCAUUUUCAUGCGUACUAUUGGACUGUAUACAUGUUGCUGUUAUUAGAUUUAGAGGUACUAAAACAUAACAGGUUAGUUAAUCCAGAAACAAAAAGUGUGAACUCACUCACUACAAGCAUUCAACUUUACUACAUGAAUCCAUGAACUUACUGAGAAAUAGGAUGCAAACAUCCUUGCAGUGUUUUAUAAAAUCUGCAUGGAAUCUUCAUCCAAAAAAUAUUUUGUUGUGUAGCAAACUAUUAUUAAGAACUGCACAUCACUGCUU